AUGAUCUGGGAUGGAUUGGAGCUUUAUGCAGUUGGAGAUGCCAUGGACCCCAUGGGGAUGCUUCACCUGGGCGUCUGGAGUAUCGCCAAAAUUGGAAUUACCGGCAACGUUACCGAGAUGACCAGUGCGAAGCAAAGGCCCAGCAGUGAUCGCAGCCUAGGCGGCGAGUACGAAGGGGUGCCAAAAGUACUAAUACUUCACUUGUCACAUCUCCACAAUGUCCGACGCCAACUCCUCGUCCAGCUGCCCGAGGGCCAAGAGACCAUUGUGGUCAAGGUCAUCAACCCCGUCAACUUUGGACCCUCCAAUCUCCAGAGGUUCAUGGCACCUCCCGUUCCCGGCUUGGACAAGUUCAAGGACUGCCCGUCCUUUUCUUUUCUCCUCGAACACCCCUCGGGUCGGAAGCUGGUGUGGGACUUGGGUAUCCGCAAGGACUACGCCACGGGAUAUGCGUCUUCCAUCACCGACUAUCUUCCUAGCACGGGCUACGAUAUUAGGGUGACGAAGAACGUAGCGGACAUCCUCGAGGAGAAUGGGAUUCCCACAACGAGUAUCGAGGCCGUUAUAUGGAGCCACUGGCACUGGGACCACAUUGGAGAUCCUUCCUCGUUCCCAACGUCUACCGACUUGGUGGUCGGCCCCGGAUUCAAGGGUGCCAUGCUUCCUGGGGCCCCGGCAAACCCCAACUCCCCGAUCCAGGAAAGCGAUUAUGCCAACCGCAACCUGCGCGAGAUAACGUUUGAUGGCGCUGGCGUCUCCCAAAUUGGCCAGUUCCGCGCCUUUGACUACUUUGGCGACGGCUCCUUUUACCUGCUCGACAGCCCCGGCCACGCCAUCGGCCACCUGUGCGGCCUCGCGCGCACGACCAAGGGUUCGGGCGCGACGCCCGACACUUUUGUCCUGCUCGGCGGCGACGUGUGCCACUACGCGGGCAUCCUGCGGCCCUCCAAGCACCUGCCCGAGCUGCAGAGGAGCCGCGGGCGGGCCCCGACGGAUACCAUGUACGACUUGACGUUUGGGGGCGACAUCCCGCUGGCGACCAAGACGGUGGGGAAGCUCCAGGAACUGGACUGCAACGACAACGUGUUCGUCAUCAUCGCGCACGACUCCACCGUCCGGGAUGUGGUGGCGCACUUUCCCGAAAACAUCAAUGACUGGAAGGCCAAGGGCUUGGGGAAGAGCUUGAAGUGGGCUUUCUUCCGGGACCUGGCGCACUAUUGA